CCCCACGUAUGUCACGGUGGGGAGCAGAGCCCUGCGUGUCUCCACGUCCCACUGCCCUAAACCUCUGCUCCCACCCUGCUCGGUGCCGUUGCCACGUGGCAUCGUGGUUUGAGGCGUGGGGACAUGGUGUGGCAGGGACACAGAGGGCAGGAUGAGAGAGACAGAGGGCAGGGAUGGGGCCGGCAGGGCUGGGCUGAGCGCUGCCACGUGCCGCUGUGCCACAUGCAGCAUCUGUGGGGAAGCCCCGGGGUGGGCCUGGCCCCUGCGGGCACCCAACAGGUCCUGGGUGCUGCGGUGGGAGCCUGACUCAUCCCGGAAGGGAUUAGGGACACAAGGACAUGGGUGAUGUUCCGGUCCAACCAGCCCGUCCACCCCUGGAUGGACGUUGGCGUCACAGGGCAUUGCUGCCCGCUGCCACUCACAUGGGAAGUGGACCAGCCAUGGGACCCGCUGCUGCUGUUGGCCACGCCAUGUGCUCUGCUCCAGCCCUGGGGUCGUGCAGAUGUUUUGGUGCCAAUGGGAGUCUCCCAGCCCGUGUCCACCUGCUGAGCAGUGCAACCCUGGGGACGUGGCUGUGCCUCCUGCUCCUGCUGGCUGCCUGUGUGCCCACCGCCACCUCCAGCCCUGGCAUCAAGGGCCGGGUGACCCGGAGAGCUCUGGAGUACGGCCGGCGCUUUGGGCUGGAGAUGCUCCGCUCGCUGCUGCAGAAGGAGCACGAUGUGAAUCUACAGGGCUCCUACCAGGCCCCGCUUCUGGGGAGACUCAACUACACCGUGCCUCAGAUCCAUAUCCAUGAGCUGCAGAUGAAUAACUCCACCGUGGACUUUGCCGAGGACGUGGGCGUGCAGCUGACAGUGCAUCGUGCCCAGAUCCAGCUCAAUGCCACCUGGCACGCACAGUUGGCUGCAUGGCAGGACAGCGGAUCACUGCAGCUGCGUAUCAGGGACCUGGCUGUGGCUGUGCUGCUGGGGCUGGGAGCUGAUGAGCACGGCCACCCCUCUGUGUGGGCUGCUGGCUGUGAUGCCCGUGGCACCGACCUGCACCUGCAGUUCCAUAAGGGACAAAGCUGGCUGUACAACCUCCUGGUGCCGCUGCUCCAGAGAACCCUGAGGCAGCAGCUCAACAAGCAGCUCUGCGUUGAGAUCCAGAAGGGCAUCAGCAGGCUGCAGGACAGCCUGAAGAACAUUAGAGUGUCUGCUCAGCUUGACGCCUUCACUGCCAUUGACCUCUCCUUGGUAGGGCAGCCAGUGAUCACUAAGGAGCACGGGGAUGUUGACCUCAAGGGAGAGUUCUUUGGGGCGCGCAGGCGGUGGCAGAGCCCUUUCUCAGCGCGGCCUGUGGGGCUGCCUGAGCUGCAGGAGCCCAUGUUGCUGGUGGCCAUCACUGACUUUGUGGCCAACACUGCAGCCUUUGCGUACUUCAGAGCUGAAGCUCUGCACAGGAACAUCACUGCUGACAUGCUCCCACGGCGCUUCCCCCUGAAGCUGGACACAAAGAGCAUGGGGAACUUCGCCCCGCAGCUGCAGCAGCACUUCCCCAAUCGUCCUGUGGAGCUGCACCUCUGGGCCCGCCAGCAGCCCCUGAUCUCCUGCCAUCCCAAUGCCCUGCAUGGGGCUCUCUUCGGCUCUGCUGAGGCCUUCGUGGUGCUGCCCAACGCCACACGAGUCCCUGCUUUUCUGCUGAACAUUGAUGCCAAUGUGACAGGGAAGCCAACCAUUGCUGGGAACAGGCUGGGGGGCACAGUGAAGCUGAAGAGCCUCAGAGUGAUGCAGGUGAUGUCGCACGUGGGGCCACUGCAGGUGGAGAAGCUGGAGAACACACUGAGGUUUGGGCUGUGGCUGUUUGGGGUGCCCUGGGCCGACAAGCGGCUCCGUCCCGGCAUCCCUCUGCCCACCCCCCAUGGCAUCACCCUGCUGAACCCACGCUUGUCACUGCACGAGGGCUUCAUGCUCAUCACCACGGACCUGCAGUACGAGCCCUGAGACCUUCAUCUGCGUGGGAAGGUGCUGGCCAUGAGUGCUGUGCUGCAUCCCCAUCCCUGUCCCCAUCCCACCGGCACCUCGUACCCUCACAGCCCGGCUGAGCAGCGGGUCUCGCAUCCCCUCGGCUGGGAUUAAAGCUGGUAGCGUGGCUCAGCCCGGCUGUGUGCGCCUUAUCUCCACGCCGUCCCUCUGCCAGCCCCGUUACCGGGAUAUAACCACCGUUAUUACCGCGUGCGGCUCCGUUUCUGGGGCUGGGUCUCUGUACCCCCCGGUCCCAGCGCUGUGGGGCGGUGCUCGGGGGGUCUCGCAGCCCCCUCGUGUCGCGACGUGGCCGCGCAGCUCCCGGUUCGCCCACGUGAGGGAGCCCGUGCCCGUGGCUCCGGGAGCGGGGAGCGCUCAGCCCCGGCCUUACAGCGCCCAGCCGGGGGGUCUGCGAAGCCAAAGGAGGGAGGGGAUGCAGGACGGGGUGGGAUCCCCACGGCCGCACCCCGCAGCGCUUUGCCUCGGCCCUAUGUGUGCUCCAACUGCUGUAACCCCAAUGGUGUAACCCCAGCCCCAAUGGGGGCAGAGCUCCUGCUCUGUUUGUCAUCCCCCCUCCCACCCUAAAGGGCAGCCCUGUGUAAAGCCCCGCGCUGUGGCACCCUCAAUAAACACAGCAGCAGCUCCAAUCACAGAGUUUAUUUGUGGGCUCACCUCCACCUGCAAACCAAAGCGUUCGGUGCUCGCCCCGCAGGGCCGGGGACCGGGGAGGGGGGGUGGG